GAAGAGUAAAAUUAUACCUAUCUAAUAAAAAAAAAAAAUAAAUAAAUAACAUUUUUUUGACGUCAUUUGAUCCGUCAUUGGCAACCGCAUUUGUUUACAUGAUGGCGUCUGGAAGUGAAAAUACGACGGAAGAACGCACUGAACCAGUGCCAACCCAGCCCGUUGCAAAUGUCGUUUCGGAUACAACACACAAAGUCACAGGAAUGGAGAAAGAAUCAGAAUCAUCUGGUGGUCCAGCUAAAAAAUCACGUGUAGAAAUACAAUCAUUACCAACAAGACAAUAUUUAGAUCAAACAGUUGUUCCAAUAUUAUUACAGGCGUUAUCAAGUCUUGCCAAGGAACGACCAUCAGAUCCAAUAAAUUAUUUGGCUGGUUAUUUAUUAAAAAAUAAAGGUCAAUAUGAUAAUGGAAGUGCACCACCAACUAGCCAAUAAAAAUCAUCAUAAUUAUGUGAUCAUUGAAAAUAUAUUUAUCAACUAUUUUCAUUAACUAUUAUUAAUCUAAUUAAAUAACAAAUUUAUUUUUAUUUUGAUUUCAAACAACAAAAUGCAUGAUCAAAUUAUAUUGUCGAUAAAUUCAUUGUGAUCAUCAAUGACAUUUGUCAUCAACAAUGCAAUCAUUAAAUUUUUUUUUCUAAUGAAAUAUGUAAUAAUUGAAGAACCCAAUUUGUAAAACAAUUUAUAUAAUUUUUAUUUCUUUUUAUAAAUAAAAUAAACAAUUAAAUCAA